AUGAAACUCACUCACUCAUGGUUGACUAGAUUUUCACUGAAAACAGCUUUCACGUCGCUCGAAGCACCCCAACUAAAUCCUACCUGGGCUCCUCCAUUUGAUUUACUGGAGAAAUUGUUUAAAUUAUUCGACGAAAAUAGAGAUGGAAUUUUGGUACAAGAAGAAUGGGUGGAGUUUCUUAAAUUACGUCUCACGUGA